AUGGUGAAACAAGCUCUUGGUGACCUCAGCUUCCCCUCCAAAAAGCUGGACUCACCACAUAGCACUGCCUGCAACUGCAACCUCCACGCCCGGCGGUGCCGCUUCAACAUGGAGCUCUACAAGCUGUCGGGGCGCAAGAGUGGCGGCGUCUGCCUGAACUGCCGGCACAACACUGCGGGGCGGCACUGCCACUACUGCAAGGAGGGCUUCUACCGGGACCUCAGCAAGCCCAUCUCCCACCGCAAGGCCUGCAAAGAGUGCGAUUGCCAUCCCGUGGGCGCCGCCGGCCAAACCUGUAACCAAACCACGGGCCAAUGUCCCUGUAAAGACGGUGUCACCGGCAUCACGUGCAAUCGAUGUGCCAAAGGCUACCAGCAAAGCCGGUCUCCCAUUGCCCCCUGCAUAAAGAUCCCUGCCGCUCCCCCCACCACUGCCGCCAGCAGCACAGAGGAACCUGCAGAUUGUGACUCAUACUGCAAAGCCUCCAAGGGGAAACUGAAGAUCAACAUGAAGAAGUACUGUAAGAAAGACUAUGCUGUCCAGAUCCACAUCCUGAAAGCGGAAAAAAAUGCCGACUGGUGGAAGUUCACAGUCAACAUCAUCUCCGUCUACAAACAAGGCAGCAACCGGAUACGGCGCGGAGACCAGACCCUGUGGAUCCACUCCAAGGACAUAGCGUGCAAGUGCCCCAAAAUCAAGCCCAUGAAGAAGUAUUUGCUGCUGGGCAACAACGAGGACUCUCCCGACCAGAGCGGCAUCAUUGCGGACAAAACCAGCCUGGUGAUACAGUGGCGGGAUACAUGGGCUCGGCGGCUCAGGAAGUUCCAGCAGCGGGAGAAGAAGGGGAAGUGUAAGAAAGCCUAAAGGAGGAG